UGGUAGGUUGCAGAGUGUGGUUCAUGAAGCGCCGCCGGAAGAUAUCGAUGGUGGAGUACGCAUCCAUUCAGGGAAAGGUCUGACAGAGACCGAUACUGGGGCUUACAUGGAGAGCUGAGACUGAAUAUGAGAUUAACGUCCUUAAUGAUGUACAUAUCGUCGGUUGUGGUAUUGAUUUUGUAUGUAUAUAUUGGAUUUUCUGUCGCUGCACCUCGCAUCAGCCUCUACGAUGCGUCGCCUAUCUCCAGGAAGCCAGACUCAGCCUCCGACACAUGGGAGACCCUCCAUACCGACAUGCCUCGUCGUUUACCGGACGGCAGGUUCGCUUUGACACCGUCGUCUGCCAUUGUUCCAGCUAGUCAUAUCCCCCAAACCUCCGCACAAUCUCCCGCAACGAAGCCGAUCGCCACCCAUUCCGACUCUGGGAUCAUUUCAACCUCCCGAGAAAUGUCCAGGUUAAGGAGCCCCCAGAAAAGAGCCACUGAUCCAUCACGCUUUGCGCCGGAGAAAAUUCUCCAGACGAUGAUGUCUAUGGUUUCACCUCGUACGGCCAACGAUGCGGAUAGCAUCGACACAUCUGUGACAUCCGUUGAGAAUAGUCAAGACGGCUUCUGUAACUGCAGCACUGCAGGAGAGGGGAUUUUGUAUCCAGAUGAGUGUAACCAGAGCACUGGCCAGUGCUCAUGUCUGGACGGCUACAGUGGUCUACAGUGUGAAGACUGCGAGGAGGGCUACUUCACCAAUGGUACCAGUGGCUGCCUACCCUGUGCCUGUGACUCUUUUGGUGCAGUUAGCCACCUGUGUGACAGCUCAGGGAUAUGCGUGUGCAAGCCAGGAGUGUACGGACCCAAGUGUGACGAGUGCCACCCAGGUUUCUUCCACUUCAGCAGUACUGGCUGCCAGCCUUGCCAGUGUCAAAACCACACCAACUACUGCCAUCCACAGUCCGGUGUGUGUUUAAACUGUGAUGGCAACACCCAGGGCUCCAACUGUGAGGAGUGCAAGCCUGAUCAUUACCGCAGCCCUGGCACUACAUUGACUGAAGCCUGUGUCCCAUGCCCCUGCUCCAACACCUCCUCCACUGGCACCUGUUACACCAAUCCCAGCGGCUCCCCAGUGUGUGAACAGUGCCUUCACCAGCACACCGGCCCGCUGUGCGACCAGUGCAGCGCAGGCUUCUACAAAGCAUCUGGGGCGUGCGUGCCAUGUGACUGCAGUGGGAAUGCAGACCCUGAGCGUGGAACCCAGCUCUGUCACCCUGACACCGGCCACUGCCUCAGCUGCAUGAACAACACCACGGGGGCCCGGUGCCACCUUUGUGCUCCAGGAUUCACGGGAGACGCCCGAGCUCACAACUGCAGCCGUCUAACACCUCAGCUCAUUCCCCCACCAGCAGUGCGAACCACAACAGAGGUCCCCAACUCAAGUACUUCCUCCUUCAGCAGUCCGACUACCACCAGAGCGAGAGGCGUAUCCGCCUCCACUUCCAGCAGCAACCGGAGCACGGCCGCCACGCCUCAGGCCAUGCUGACCAGCCUGAGCAGCCCCACGGACAACACCACGGCAUCCCUGACCGAAGUCUCCUGGACGCAGUUCAACAUCAUCAUCCUGGCCGUCAUCAUCCUUGUGGUGGUGGUGCUGCUGGGCUUCGUCGGAGGAGUGUACACUUACAGAGAAUACCAGAACCGCAAGCUCAACGCGCCCUUCUGGACCAUAGAACUGAAAGAGGACAACAUCAGCUUCAGCAGCUAUCACGACAGCAUCCCCAACGCCGACGUGUCAGGCCUCCUGGAGGACGAGGCCAACGAGGUGGCGCCCAACGGUCAGCUAGCGCUCAGCACACAGGGAAACUGCUACAAGGCUUAGCACCCCAGGACCGGACUCCUUAGAUUCACACAUCACACAUCGCUGCUGGAAAUCCAAAGCUCACUGGUGUUUGACUGACUGCUUGUCUGCGGCACUUCACAACUCCACUCACACUGACGGCAAGUUUUCCCUUUGUGGAUGAGAAGUGUCCAAAGAAAAAGUGUUUUUAUGUCUUGUUUCUCCAAAGGAUGUGCCGUUUUGCUAACACCAAUCAGAGGACUUCAAGGAGCAUUUUCAAAUAUUUGACUUUUGGCUGUUUGAGUUGAAACGCGAUCACUCAAACGGCCGUCUUAAACGGAGACAAUGAUUGUUAUUUAAUGACUUUUUACUCCCUUAUAUAUUAUUUAUUGGUUCCAUUGUUGGGAAGAAAUGCUGCACAUGUAUGACGUGUUUAUUCAUAGUGUUUUAUCUCACGUGCGCUUGACUUUCUUUUGAUGUAUAGUUUUAUGUGUGUUUUUUCCAGAGAGGGAACAAUGACGGCUGCUGGCUCAUGCAUCUGUUGUUUAUAGCUUCCUACUUUCUUUCUCAAAGCAUGCCAGUACACCUGACGUAUCCUGGAGGAGUGUUUCUUUCCAAGGCUUUUGAUAAACACACUAUCUAGCACCGCUGCAGGGCAGUGGCUUACAAAGCGCUCGCAUUAACCACCAGACUGCUUUCACGCCCAAUUUGCUCUCUAACUGCUGAUUGGUUACCGCCGACACUACUAAGAUGCUGUGAAAUGUUGAUGUUUUUUUUCCUGUGUUGCCACGGAUACCGUUUGUUGGGGUGUGCAAGUACGACGAACAACCUGGCUUCAAGUUCUCUGUUGCUGCGACGGAUUUCCGCAAAAUUUGAGAACGAAUAAACAAUUUCAACUACGUGUUAUUCAAAAUGCACCCCUUAUUGUCCUCUUGCCACAGCAAGUACAUGCUAGCCAAAUGCAAAGACGAGAACCCAGUACGAUCCCUCGCAUGUUUGCAAAUAAAAUGGAACGCAAUACAACUGCACCACACAGACUUCGUGGGCACUUAUGCACAGAUACACAUGCAAAACAAUACGAUUUGAUACUACUUGGUAACCCGCAAGGCAUGCUGGGAAACCCACACGCACACUUCCCCAACAGGAAGUUAUCCAGCAUGCUUUGUGGGCUCGAUAUGAUAAAAUAGUAUUGUUUUGAAUGUACAGUAACUCCUUGCCACUUUGUGUUUCUAAUUUUGCGGCAGUUUUUCAAAAAUAUAUUCAUUAAUAAAUCAUGCUGUUUCAUGUUUGACUACAGCCUAUUAUUAGUCCAAGAAUAUGCAUAUUUAAACAAAUUUUGCAUAUUUUUUGCCUUAAUGAAGCAUUUUGACGCAUAAAAAUGGCUAAAUGAAGUGAAAUACAAAUAUAAGGCAUUCAGAAGACGCAUUCAAAGACAUUGUGAUGUGUAGUAUUCUACACUGGUCACUAGGUGUCAGAGAUGUUACUGUAAUGUUGGGAUAGACACACAAGCACCGGACUUGAUCGCCGGAACAACAGGCUUUUAUUGCAGAUUUGAUCUCACAAGAGCCACAAUAAUCCCUAACACGGGCUACCGUUGCGGCCGUCACCCACAGCAAGAUAAAACUCAACUCUGAACCCCCAGCGUCACUUCCUGUUCGCCCUCCACUCAGCUCCCCUGGGGAACACAUUUACAACACACACGAGCACGAGUCUUAUUUAUGUCCUAUAGUGCUUAUUUCCUUUUAUUAUGUCUACUAUAUUGGGUAAAAGGAGUGUAAAGGUGACUAUAGGUGUGAAGUAGUUGAUAAUCUAUACUGAUCUAAUUACUUGACAAACAUAUAAAAGCUUAGAAGUAAAAUACAUCAACUCACCAAAGAUGUGAAUUUCUUUUCUGCAUAACUUAGCUUGUUGAACAGUUUUGCUGUGAUCAGCCAAUCAGCCACUGCUGAUGUCACUGUGGGCCAGCUAGCCGGCCCUGAAAGGCGAAUCCGUAGUCUAAAAAAAACAAAAACAUUGCUAAUAGUGGGUAAGUGAUAUGGGCCACACUCCUGAUUCUGAAGGUCUCAGGCAGAUUACAUUUAUACGGCAACACAUAGAAGCUGAAAUCUGACUGGAUAAAAACACGGAAGCAUACACCUUGCAUACAUACUUGAAGCACUGCAGCCAAGAGACACACUACUCAACGAAAAUGAUUGACUGUUUGAAUAAGUUAAUGCAAUUUCAUGGAACUGUCGUCUUUCGCAAUAUCGUGGUUCACUGAUCACCCCCUCACGUUUUUUCAGAAAUUAAUAAAUAAAUGAUGGCUACUUCAUCCUCGACUAUGGUCUAUGAUUAGUCAAAACAUUGAAAUAUAAGUGAUAUGUAGUAUUCUGGCCACUAGGUGGCAGUAAUGAGACAUUACCUUAACACUGCAUGAAGUCAGCCAUGGCAUGUCCGACACGAUAGCGUGGAAAAAAAAAAAGUUAUCCUCCCAUUCCGUGUGGAAGUGGUAAGGGCUUCUUAAGUUUAGAAGAAAUAAAUUCAAGGUUAAGUGGUUAGUUCGCUAGCUUGCUAGCUGGCGGCCAUCUCGAGUCCCUGCGAAAGAGUUGCACAAUGUGGUGUAAACAAUGAAUAACAGGAAUGUAAAGGUGACUAGAGGGAUGUUUUUUCAUGUCUACACGGCUGUAAUAAUGUUAAAAAUAUAUUUAGAAAGUCAAAAACAGACUUUCUAUGCUAUUACUACAAAAAUACUCCUUUUAUCAACAUUGAAUCCUACUUCAUUUAUCACGUCUGGAACCAAUUAACCACGAUAAACGAGGGACGACUGUACGAGAAUUGAAGUUUCAAAUGUAUGUCAGUGCUUCUGAUCGCGUUUAGGCCAGCGGAGAAGGCUUUGCUGGGCCUGACUGCACACCACUGCUGGAACCAAUUAACCGCGAUGAACGAGCGAUAGCUGUAUAUUUACACAAGUGAGUAGGAUUAGGUAUCGUUCAGAUACCAGAUAUCAGUGCCAAAUCAGUACUUUUGAAACGGUGCCCGAACCUGGACUCAAAAAAGGAAAACAAAAGUGUUGUGAGUUUGUUGCUUAGCAGUGGAAACCCUUUGGGGUAUUUCGAAUGCAAUGUGACCUGGGUGCACGGUGCGCACUAGUGGUUAGCAUGUGAGCUGUGCAAUCUGGAGGUCGGUGUUCCAAUUUGGCCUUGGAAAAGUUUUCAAUCAAAAGUGUUUUUUUGUUGUUUUAACCCCUAGAAAAAAUGAGUGAUGCUAAUUGUGAGACAUAACUCCUCAGGUAACGGCUCUUCCCUUGUGUGUAAACGUGUACAGAUGAAUGUGAAUAGUAGGCUUCUCAUGGUAGAGGUAGAAUAAUACUGUGUGCACUGUCACUCACCAGGGCACCAUCUGGCUUUUUAUACUUUUCCUCUUUCUUCUUGGCAGUCAACAUCACCAUAUAUGCAGAUGGGGGACUUGAAUGCACCGCCAACUUAAAACAAACAUUGAAACCAUGUGAAUAACACCCCAAAGUCAAAUCAAAUAAAAAAAAAAAUUGAACUGCCUCUGUGUUCCUGUCUUCUGCUUUAAAUAAAUAUUUGCGCUUUUUUGUUACGUUAGAUGUAAAUACAGUGGAUCCUGACACAUUUGCAUUGCAUUUUUUUUCUACAGAAAACACAUCUCAUUCACCAUAACACGGUAAUCGUGUAUAAAUACAAGGCAGAGUUCCAAGACGAAAACCACUGCUGAACAAAAAGAACAUUAAAGCUCGUCUCAAUUGUGCUAGAAAACCUCUUGAUGAUCCCCAAGACCUUUGGGAAAAUACUUUGUGGUCUGACGAGACAAAAGUUACCCUUUUUGGAAGGUGUGUGUCCCAUUACAUCUGGCAUAAAAGUAACGCCGCAUUCCAGAAAAAGAGCAUCAUACCAACAGUAAAAUAUGGUGGUGGUAGUGUGAUGGUCUGGGGCUGUUUCUGCUUCAGGACCUGGAAGACUUGCUGUGAUAAAUGGAACCAUGAAUUCUGCUGUCUACCAAAAAAUCCUGA